AUGCAGAGAUAUGUGCAAGAUCAAGAAUAUUGUAAAACACAUGCAGAGACCAACGGCUGGAAGGGCACCUCGUGUAAUAAUGACAUGCCAUUUGGGCAAAUCCGGCACCGCAAUCGUAUCUUGGUGCGACUAGAAUCACAUAGUGUGAAAGGGCCCAAACGAUUCAGCAGCAGAGGGAACGAACUAUUGUGCGUCGACAGUACCAUGCGUCCCGGGACGCCUGGCGGGCCGUCGCUGCCCGUCCCGGGACGCCUGGCGGCGUCGGCCGUCCCGGACGCCAGGCGGGCCGUCGCCCGCCCGUCCCGGGACGCCAGGCGGGCCGCGCCCGCCCCCGGUCCCGGGACGCCUGCCCGGGCCUCCCGCGCCCUCCCGGGACGCCCGUCCGGGCCCGGCGUCCCGGGACGCCUGGCGGGCCGUCGCCCGCCCGUCCCGGGACCGCCCAGGGGGCGGCCCGUCCCGGGCCGCCCGGUCCCAGGACCCGACUGGCGGGCCUCGCCCGCCCUCCCGGACGACCAGGCCGGGCCCGUUCCCGGCCCGCCCCGGGUCCCGGGACGCCAGGCGGGCCGUCGCCCGCCCCUCCCCGGGACGGCCCAGGCGGGGCCUCGCCCCCCGCCCACCCGGUCCCGGCCCGGCCCAGGCGGGGCCGGGUCGCCCGCCCUCCCCGGGACGGCAAGGCGGGGGCCGGCCCGCCCUCCCGGGCCCCGGUCCCCGGGACGCCGGCGGGCCGUCGCCCGCCCGUCCCGGGACGCCAGGGGCCGGUUCGCCCGCCCGUCCCGGGAACCCCAGGCGGGCCGGUGCCCCCGCCGCCCGGGAACCCGGCGGGCGGUCGCCGCCCGUCCCGGGACGCCAGGCGGGCAGUCGCCCGCCCGUCCCGCCGGACGAGGCGGGCCGUGGCGCCCAACCGUCCCGCCCGCCCUGGCGGGACUCCAGCCUGGGCCGGGGCCGUCGCCCCCCGCCCGUCCCGGGGACCCAGGCGGGGCCGUCGCCCCGCACUUGCCCGGGACACGACCGCCAGGCGGGCCGUCGCCGCCCGAUCCGUCCCGGGACGCCAGGCUGGCCGUCGCCCGCCCGUCCCGUACCGCAGGCGGGAGGGCCGUCGCCGUCGUCCCGGGACUGGCCUGGCGGGCCCGCCCGUCGCCCGCUCCGGUUCCCGGGACGCCAGGGCGGGGCGUCGCCCGCCCGUCCCGGAGGCCUGGCGGCCUGGGCCCGGGGACCCCAGCCCGGGCCCGAGCCUGGCGGGGCCGUCGACGUGCCCGGGGACGUCCAGGCGGGGCGUCGCCCACCGCCCGUGCCCGGGGACCGACCAGGCGGGCCGUCGCCCGCCCGUCCCGGGACGCCUGGCGGGCCGCCGCCCGCCCGUCCCGGGACGCCCAGGCGGGCCGUCGCCCGCCCAUCCCGGGACGCCUGGCGGGCCGUCGCCCCUGCCCGCCCGUCCAGGGACGCCAAGGCGGGCCGCGCCCCCCGCCCGUCCCGGGACCUCCUGGCGGGCCGUCGCCCGCCCGUCCCCGGGACGGCCUGGCGGGCCGUCGCCCGCGUCCCGGACUCCAGGGGGCGGGCCUUCCGCCCCCCCCGUCCCGGGACGCCAGGCGGGCCGUCGCCCCGCCCGUCCCGGGACGCCAGGCGGGCCGUCGCCCGCCCGUCCCCGGACGCCUGGCGGGGCCGUCGCCCCCGCCCGUUCCCACGCCAGGCGGGCCUCGCCCGCCCCGGUCCCGGGACGCCAGGCGGGCCGCGCCCGCCCGUCCCGGGACGCCGGCGGGCCGGUCGCCCCCCUGUCCCGGGACGCCCCUGCGGCCGUCGCCCGCCCGUCCCCGGGACUCCGGGCCACCGUCGCCCGCCCGUCCCGGGACGCCCAGGCGGGCCCGUCGCCCGCCCUUCCCGGACGCAGGCUGGGGGCCGUCGCCCGCCCGUCCCGGGACGCCUGGCGGGCCGUCGCCCCCCGUCCCGGGACGCCUGGCCCGCCCGGGCCGCCCUCCCGUCCCGGGACCCAGGCGGGCCGUCGCCCCGCCCGUCCCGGGACGCCAGGCGGGCCUUCGCCCGACCCGUCCCGGACGCCUUGCGGGCCGUCGCCCGCGUCCCCGGGACGGCCGGCGGGCCGCGCCCCUCCGUCCCGGGACGCCAGGGCUGGCGUUCGCCCGCGUCCGUCGUGGGACGCCCGGGCGGGCCGUCCCGCCCCCCGCCCGGUACCGCCUGGCGGGCCGUCGCCUCCCGGUUCCCGGGACGCCUGGCUGUUCGCCCGCCCGGACCCGCCCGGGAACUGGGCCGGGCCGGGUCCGCCCGCCCGCCCGUCCCGGGACGCCCAGCGGGCCCGUCGCCCGCCGUCCCGGGACGCCUGGCGGGCCGUCGCCCGCCCGUCCCGGACGCCGGGCCGGCCGUCGCCCACCCGUCCCGGGCCGGCCUGGCGGGCCGUCGCCCGACCGUCCCGGGAACGCCUGGCCGGGCGCCGGCCCGCCCGCCGUCCCGGACGCCAGGCGGGCCGUCGCCGCCCGUCCGGACGCCAGGCGGGCCGUCCCCGCCGUCCCGGGACGCCUGGGCGGGACGCCGCCCGCCCGUCCCCGGGACCGCCGGCGGGCCCGUCGCCCGCUCCUCCACGGGACGGCCUGGCGGGCCGCGGGCCCGCCUCCGUCCCGGGACUCCUGGCGGGCCGUCGCCCGCCCGUCCCGGGACGCCUGGCGGGCCGUCGCCCUCCCCGUGGGUGGGACGCCUUGGCGGGGCCGUUCGCCCGCCCGUCCCGGGACUGGCGGGCCCGUCGCCCCGCCCGUCCCGGGACGCCAGGCGGGCCCGUCGCCCGUCCCGGACUCCCUUGGGCCCGGGCCGUCCCGGCCCAGCUCCAAAGUCCCGGGACGCCAGGCGGGCCGUCGCCCGCCGCCCGUUCCCGGGACGCCUGGCGGGCCAGUCGCCCGCCCGUCCGGACGCCCGGCGGGCCCGCCGCCCGCCCGCCCGUCCCGGGCCGCCAGGCGGGGCCUCGCCCGCCCCCGUCCCGGGACGCCAGGCGGGCCCUCGCCCGCCCUGUUCCCGGGACCCUGGCGAGUUUGCCCCGCCCUCCCUAUAGAGAAUACACCUCUGCUUAACCUUAGAACCAGAAUAUGCCAAUGA